AGGUCUUCGGUCCUUUUGAUCACGUCACGACGAGCAGGCAAUGGAAAGAGUUUGUAUGUCAAACGAAAUGCUGAAAAAUUUAAAGCUCGAUUUGGCCCUAAAUCAGAACAACUGGAAACCGUUCUUGUGACAAUACCUCUGCAAGAAAAACAAAUUGACGUUAAUGAAGUGAUACAGACAUUAUCUAAAUUCACACCAAUUCCAGAAAAGACCACCCCACGUAUAUUUCAUAUUGACAUUUCCCAUGAGGUUCAAGAAGGCAUCGACUUUCUCCUCUUCAACCUUCUUAUCCUCGACUGUUUGAUGGAUAGAAAUGGAUACGUGUGGCGACGCAGCACUGAUGAUCUGUAUCUGAUAGAAACCAUGCCUAUCAUAAAAAAUGGGAUGCAAUAUUCCCAUCCAAUAUUAAAUCUACUGCCAGUUGUAAUGUGCCGAUCACCGGAAGAAAGCGUUAGCGCUUAUGAUGGCGACGAUAGCAUGAGACUAUCAGUCAACAAAUCAAUAUACCAGGUCUUCGACGAAAAACAAUUCAGGAGUUCGGUCUUCCAGCGUGCAUAUCAAUAUCUUCAACGGCUGGACACUGGUAGAAUGUUCAACGAUAUAAAACCAGACCGUAUUGAAGGAGAUCCUAAAUCAUGUUUAACUGUGCUGUUAAGACACUGUGGUGUGAAGAAUCCAUCUUGGUCGGAGCUGAAUCACUUUGUUUGGUUCCUCAAUACCCAACUUGUGGACUUUGAGCAGAAUCAAUUUGUCACCAUUGCUGCAGCAAAAUACCUUCCUGGAUUUACGAAGUUUGUCCUGCUAUUUCUCAUUCAGAUGUCAAAGGAUUUUUCUACACGAUCGCUGAACAUAAGCGAGGAGUCGGAAGCAUGUUUACCUGCUGGUGCGAAAAAGAAGGAUGACACAGAUGAUGAUAUCUUGAAACAUUUUUCAUUUAGGCGGACCUGGGAAAGCAGCUCGCAUCCGUACCUUUUCUUCAACUCCGAUCGGGCAACAUUCGCCGUUAUGGGGUUUUUCAUUGAUGAAACAACGGGCAACAUUAAAGAUCAACAUAAUGGCAAAGUAUUGGAGAAAGGCAUAAUGGAUUCGAUGCAUUUUGCUGCACUUAAGACAAACUGGGCACAUUUGAACGAAAAUUUUGAUGAACUGUCUAGGGAACUGAAGAUUCAAAAAAUGUGCAACGUAAUGGGGAUAGAAUUCCCACAUGAUCCAGACAACACAUAUGAACUUACAACCGACAAUGUAAAGAAAAUCAUGGCAAUAUAUAUGAGAUUUAGGUGCGACAUUCCUGUCGUCAUAAUGGGUGAAACCGGCUGUGGUAAAACAAGGUUGGUGAAGUUUAUGUGUGCCUUACAGUGUCCACGUGGUGUUGAAGUCCAAAACAUGAUCCUUAUGAAGGUACACGGUGGAACGACAAAAGAUUUAAUCAAAAGAAAAGUUAACGAAGCAGAAAAAAUUGCAAAUAAAAAUGUUGAGAAAUAUGGGCGUCACAUGUACACGGUAUUGUUCUUUGAUGAGGCAAACGCCACUGAAGCAAUUGGAAUAAUCAAGGAAAUCAUGUGCGACAGAUCCAUUUGCGGCGAACCGAUUAAAUUAUACCAGAAUUUGAAAAUAGUUGCUGCAUGCAAUCCGUACAGAAAGCACGAUGAUGCUCUCAUAAGGAGACUGGAGCAGGCUGGUUUGGGGUACCACGUAAAUGCUGACGACACAACAGAUAAACUUGGGAGAAUCGCUAUGAGGCGUCUGGUAUACAGGGUUCAACCGCUUCCACAAAGUUUACUGGCCAUAGUGUGGGAUUUCGGACAGCUCAACGCUGAUGUUGAAAAAUUGUACAUUAAACAAAUGGUCGCAAAAUAUGUAAAAGAAGAGCGAAUACCUUUCUUGCCAGGACUUGUUGAUGUCGUAAGCACUGUUCUUGUGGAAUCACAGAACUACAUGCGCGAUCAAAAGGAUGAAUGUAGUUUCGUAUCACUGCGAGAUGUUGAGCGUGCGCUGAUGGUGAUGGCUUGGUUUUAUGGAAUGGCGAAGGAUAACAGGCUAUUGUUUGAUGCCAUGGACAUAAAGUCACCAGGUCGUCAGGUUAAGGGUGUCGAACAUAAGGGCCUUGAUGAUUUAACAAGAAGCCUGGUUCUCGCUUUGGGGGUGUGUUACCAUGCUUGUUUGAAGAGUCGCGAUGGAUUCAGAAAGCGAGUGGCAUUAGUACUUUCACAACCAAGCAUAUCACAACCAUGCCAGAUGGCAGGUGGUGCAGAACAGAUGAAGCACGAAAUUGAAUGCUGCCAAGAAGUGUUUCUUGACAAAGUGGAUUUGGAUCUAAAUAUUGCACGAAAUACGGCGUUAAAAGAAAAUGUCUUUAUGAUGGUUGUGUGCAUUGAGUUGCGGAUACCACUGUUUCUUGUUGGAAAACCCGGGAGUUCAAAGUCUCUUGCAAAAACUGUUGUCGCUGAUGCCAUGCAGGGUAACAGCGCGCGAAACAUGUUAUUUAAACAUCUUAAACAGGUGCAGAUGGUAUCAUUUCAAUGUAGUCACUUAUCAACGCCUAAUGGAAUUGUUGGUACUUUCCGACAGUGUGCGCAAUUGCAGAAAGACAAAAAUCUCGAUAAAUUUGUGUCUGUUGUUGUUCUUGAUGAAGUGGGAUUAGCAGAAGACAGUCCACGUAUGCCACUAAAAACAUUGCAUCCACUGUUGGAGGACGGCUGCGAAGGCGAUGAUAGUCCGGAAGCGUAUAAGAAAGUUGCCUUUAUCGGUAUCUCCAACUGGGCUUUGGAUCCUGCUAAGAUGAACAGAGGUAUCCUGGUACAAAGAGAAGUUCCAGACCUAAAUGAACUGACAAUAAGCGCAAAAGGAAUAUGCGAAACAAAGAAAGAAGUUGAUUCUUUCAUAGAACCGUUCAUAGAACCGUUCAUUGGUCCAUUGUCAAAAGCAUACAUAGAAGUGUUCAAAAUUGCAUCAGAUGCAAUGCGCGAAUUUUAUGGUCUUCGAGACUUCUACAGUUUGGUGAAAAUGGUGUAUGGCUUUGUGGCAAAAAACAAACGGCAACCGACAUGGUUGGAAAUGUUUUAUGCAAUCAAGAGGAAUUUUGGAGGGCUGGAUCUUGUGGACACUGAGCAAUGCUUCAAACACCACCUUUCAAGUGUCAUGGAUUGUGAGCCUAGUCGAUACCAGGAAGGUCCUGACUGUAGCGAAAAAAAGCUGCUCGAAGGGUGUCUAUUUGAUACAUUGGAAACAAAAUGUGAAAGUCGAUACCUACUGUUACUAACCGACAACUAUGGGGCUCUGACCAUAAUUCAGCAGCAGCUUUUCUCCAAUCGAAGCGAAAUUCGGCCAAUCAUCAUUUUUGGCAGCAGUUUCCCGAGAGACCAGGAAUACACACAGAUUUGCCGCAACAUAAAUAAGAUCAAGGUCUGUAUGGAGACGGGAAAGACAGUUCUGUUGUUGAACUUGGAGAAUCUAUACGAAAGUCUGUACGACGCGUUGAACCAGUACUACGUGUACUUCGGUGGAAACAGAUAUGUUGACCUUGGCCUUGGAACACACAGAGUAAAGUGUCCUGUUCACAAGAACUUCAGGUUGAUUGUUGUGGCUUUGAAACAGACAGUGUACACACAAUUUCCGAUUCCUUUGAUUAAUCGAUUGGAGAAGCAUUUACUGUCAGUAAAUACCAUUCUGGAUGAGGAACAGAUUUACCUGGCGGGAGAAUUGCAGAAAUGGGCAAGUGACUUUACAUCGCAAACUGUACCGUUACACAAAAGGACAGCGUAA